AUGCAGCUGUACCAACUUAUCUCUUCUUACUUGACCUUCGAACGCAAAUCUACUCAAGGGAUCACCUACAUUCAAAAAACCCUAAGCACAUAUCCUGGGCAGACGCCCACGUGUCAGUUCUGCAACCAUACGGCGCACUAUGGCAAACCAUGCGCGAAAGCUGCUAAGGAUAAUGAAUUCACUACAGCACACACUGACAAACAGCCCUCCAAUACUAAAACACAGACAGCCGGUCAAACGAUAAUCAUCGAUAAAUCUAAACCAACAUCCAGUACAUCCAGCGAAGGAAUAACCAAAAACGACGACGGAUACACCAAGGUCACCCAGAAACCCAAGAAGUAUCAAAAAACAACCAUCAGUGAAAACGAAAACAACAACUAUUCCAGCGAUAGCGAUAUGGACGUACACGAGAGCGAGGGAGAGGGCAGACAGAACAACCAACAAGCAGCAAACGGUAAAGGGAAUAACGUGAAUAACACUUCUCCACCAAGGAAGAUCACCCGCAACAAUUGCCAGCAUAAUCUAAAGGUAGGCAUAGACACACGAAAAGUGCUGUACCAACAGGAAAAAUUAUUUGAAUCUAUAACUACGCAAACGGACUGCAACUUACAAAUAGCAGCCGACAUAAAAAAGUUCAAUUCAAUUGUUGACUUAUUCGAAAAUGUUGAGCUGCAGCUUAAAGAAUCAGUGGCGAAUGUGAACAUAAACACAUCGUCGCAAGUGGCAAAUGCUGUAUCGGCACUAUCGCAGGCCAUUGACAGUAAUUCUUUUAAUAAGGCCGAUGAGCUGGUCACGCUGAAAAACCAUAUCACAUCACUAUUCAACAUAUCUAUGGGAUCCACAAAAAAACACAUUGAAGAGUAUGUAAAUGAUCUCACUGCCGAUUUGACCAGAGAAUUGAAAAAAAUCUGCAGCGAAGUUCAGAACUUGAGCACCCAUACCAUAGAUAUGGCAGCUCAUUGUAAUGAACACUACCUGAGUGAAUCGCGUCCUACACGUGAAGUUUUAGACGAAGUGAAAAUUAUAACAAAUUCAGUUGGCAGUGACAUUCUCAAAGAAGUACAAUCUCUUGCCGGCUCAAUUAACACUUUGGAUAGCAGUAUACGCGAUGCUUGUUUGCCACCAGCGGGCCCCAGCUUGAUGGACGAAUUAAAUGCCCAAUCAACAAAAUCGGGUGACUCAGGUCACCGUUCCACUGCCGAAGCCACUGAAGGGUGGCGCUUUUUGGGUUCGAAGAAAGUGUGGCGCUCUGACUGGACGGAGUACGACACACGUAAUCAGCAUAGAAUUCAACAGCAAAAGAUGAAAGAUAGGGCGAUGGCACGAAGAAAAGCUAAUAAAAAGCAGUUGCAUCGGAUAUCCAGAAGCAGUUAUUAUAACUAUAACCUCAAUGACAACAAUAAUAGCAACAACAAUAGCAAUAAUAAUCGUAACAACAAUCGCAACAACAAUAGCAGCAAUAAUCGCAACAACAACAACAAUACGCAAUGCGGUCGUCCAACAGCUGGCAACUCUCUUCCCCGGGAUAAGGAUCUACUUGCGGCGGCAAGGGUGCAAUUCUCUAGGCCUCCGUUUGAAAAUCAGCGUGGUAUCAGAUAG